UCAAUUAUCUUUGUGUUUUGCCAAAAUAGUGAAUUUUUUGAAUUAAAAUAAAUGAAAUAAAACAAAAAUGAUUCGUUUAAAUAACCUUACGAAAAUCAUAACACAAAGUCAUUUAACCAAAUCAUGGCGUAACUAUGCCGUUAAAAAGAACUUACGUCUAACAAAUCCUAACGAAGAUCCUUACGAAAAACUGCCACCCGAAACAAGACCAAAAAUCAUCUUCAGUUCAUUCCUUGAGAAACAAAAACCUCUUCUAGGAUUCAAACGAAAAAAGAUCCUAGAAACUAAACUCCAACAAGCAGUCGAACGUGAUAAAGUGCUAAAUUUAUCAGUACGAUCGUUCCCGGUUUCGUUGGGAGCACUUCAAUCCUACAAAGAGGACGAAAAAGAAGAUGUGGAUGAAGAAGACGAGGAACUUAAGAAGUUAAUCGAGAAAUGUGAUGAUUUGGAAAACCGCCAUGAAGCUCUACGUGAGCAGCAGAACCAGCCGCCAUUGAAAUGGAUGAAUGACUAUGAAUUCUAUGGAAGCACAAUUGACGAAAACGGUGAAGCCGAUUCAAAAUAUGGAACUCCUGACCCUUCGAUACCAGCAUCAAAAAUACCAUGUAAUGGAUGUGGAGCUCAUCUGCACUGCUCCAACAUAGUUACUCCCGGCUAUAUCCCUAGUGAAAUCUUUAAAGGACGUACUAAAACCGAACUUCAGCAAAUUGUGUGCCAGCGUUGUCACUUCCUCAAGAACUACAAUAUCGCCUUAGAUGUCGAGGUCACAGCCGAAACCUACAUCAAAACACUUUCCGCUAUAAAAGAUAAAUUUGCUCUUGCAAUUCUAAUUGUUGAUCUCUUAGACUUUCCUUGUUCCAUUUGGCCGGACAUGCAGAAAAUUCUCGGCGAUAAACGUCCGAUUUUUGUGAUUGGCAAUAAAGUUGACCUUUUACCCAAAGAUUCACCUGGCUAUUUGGAUCACAUAAAAUCAUGUUUAAAAGAUGAAAUCGUCAAGAGUGGUCUGAAUGCAAUGAACAUAAAGAAUGUAAGUUUAAUUUCAGCAAAAACUGGUUACGGCAUUGAAGAGCUCAUAACACAAUUACAAAAAAUUUGGGCUCAUAAGGGUGACGUUUAUCUUGUGGGUUGCACAAAUGUUGGCAAGAGUUCGUUGUUUAAUAUUCUUUUGAAUUCUGAUUAUUGCAAGCUCGAAGCCACGGAUUUGGUAAAGAAAGCUACGACAUGUCCAUGGCCGGGAACAACAUUACAAAUGCUGAAAUUUCCCAUUCAACGACCAUCGGAUUUCAGAGUCUAUCAUCGAUUCCGCAGACUUUUCUCAGAGCGAGCCCAACGAGCAGCUGAGUUUAAACUCCGUCGAGAUCAAGCUAAUGAAACAGGAAGUGUUAAAGCUGCAACAUUGGUCGGUCAUAUUGGUAGAACUGUAAUCGAUAGAAAAGAAUCUGCGGACAUGUUUGCCAUGUCAUCUGGUUGUCAGCCAAUUGAAACACUCAACGAACACAGGAAAGAAUUUCAAAAGUGUCAUUGGUGUUUCGAUACACCGGGAGUUAUGCAACCAGAACAGAUUCACAAUUUACUAACAACGGAGGAACUGUUGAGAAUAUUCCCUACACAAAUGAUUGCCCCCAGGGGAUUCCGUUUGAAACGGGGGAUGACAUUGUUCCUGGCUGGUUUGGCAAGAGUUGACUUCGUAGAUGGAGAUAUUGAUUCAAUUAGAUUGCCGGUGUAUUCAUCCCAUGAACUUCCCAUCGUUAUAACUCCAACGGAAGAUGCCGACGAAGUCUAUCGAGAGUACCUUGGAAGUGAGCUCUUUGGCUUGCCUGUUGGCGGCGAAGAACGUUUGAAGAAAUGGCCAGGUCUUAAAGCCUCCGAAGAAAUAACCAUCUAUGGAGAAUCCAGGGACUCAGCCACUUGUGAUAUCCUGCUCUCGUCUGCUGGUUGGCUAGGAGUACGGAUCCCAGUGGAUCGUUAUUGCGUAUUCAAAGUCUGGACUCCAGAACGACGUGGCAUCUUCAUCAGAAAUCCUGCACUGAUCCCCAAUGGCGAUCAAUUACUCGGCAAACGGGUACGUGACUCGAUAGCGUAUAGAAUAGGCAAACCAUUUGUUAAAGUUUAUUAAAGUGUAAUUUUUAUUUAACAUACAA